AUGCCGAGGCCGUCCAGAGAGUCUUACGGCGACCAGAAGCCACCCUAUUCGUACAUCUCACUGACGGCGAUGGCCAUAUGGAACUCGCCCGAAAAAAUGCUGCCCCUGUCCGAGAUCUACAAGUUCAUAACGGACAGGUUCCCGUACUACAGGAAGAACACGCAACGGUGGCAAAAUUCUCUUAGGCAUAACCUCUCCUUCAAUGAUUGCUUUAUUAAAAUCCCCCGGCAGCCGGACCGGCCCGGAAAGGGAGCCUAUUGGGCCCUACAUCCCGCCGCCUUCGACAUGUUCGUGAACGGGUCCCUGCUCCGGCGCCGCAAGCGCUUCAAGCUCCUCAAAAGCGACAAGGAAAUACUGGAAAACGAACUGGCCGCCCUCACCAACAUCAACCGGAUAUUCUUCCAGCCCCCGUCGACCAACACGCUAGACGUGUGCCCACCAGCCAGCCAGAACCUGACCCCGGUGGAGCCGAUAGAGGCGAAGACCGAGACGACCUGCAUCCGUCCCAAGAGAUCGUUCACGAUCGAGAGCCUGAUCAGCGACGACAAACCGUCGAACAACAACAACAACAACAACAACCUGACGAUAACGCCGGUGCAACCGAGUGCCACGCAUCUGAUCCCGCACGUGCAUCCGGCCUGGCUCCUGAAUUCGGGAUGCUACGAUCUGGCCGCCUUCGCCAAUCCGGCCGCCCUUAUCCAGUCCACCUCGAUGUACCACGAGAAUUACGGACUGGCCGCCGGCGAGGAUCUCUUCAGGGUUUCGCAUCAGUUAUAGCUUUAAGAUGCGAA